UGUAGUGUAUGUCACCAGAACAUCACACACACACAUGUCACCAACGGCCGCCCAAUGCUUGGAACGUAUUAAACUAAGUUUUACGAUUUUAUCCUGGGCUUGAGAUUUCGAUUUUAUUGGUUGACAAUGAUACGUCUCACAUCAUUUCCCACUAGAUGUUGCAUCCAAAGUGUUAUUUGGUCUCUAUAGAAACUGACUGGCAUAAUCUAAUGGUGAAACUUGCCGUAUUGAGCGCAUUAUUGUGUGGGACAUUGGACACGGUGGAUGAAAUGUACAUCAAGUGCUUAACGUAAUUGAUUGAGGCAUACUGGAUAUGGUAUUGAAGUUAGAUGGAUAUACACGUAAAUUGUUCUGAACUGUACCGGUGACACAAGUAUGAAGGACUUCGGUCUCUUACGCCUCCCUUUGGUUAUAUUCAUGGUGCUACAAGCCACCCGAUGGAAACUCGUGCAAGGCGUUGAUUACAAAGUCACACUCUUCGUAGGCCCUGGUCAAUCAGCAGGUACCACAGCCGAGGUUUUCGGUCAACUCACAGGGACGCUAGAUACCACUGCCUCCACUUCAUUCGGGUCGACGUGGUUGAAAGGAUCUUCCACAUCACACAUCAUCACCAAUUCGAGGCCCAUCGGCCAAAUAAAGUCAGUAGUCAUACAGAAACGACCGACGGGCUUUGGAGGCGACGAUGGGUUACAGCUUACCAAAGUGACCGUAGAAAGCACUGCCAUGUCUAGUGUGGCGACAUUCCAGUGUCCAAAUAUUUGCAAUAUCCGAUUCCCAAAUCUUCUCACAAGACUUCACUCAUCAGUCGACGGCAACUGGAGUGAUUGGACAGUGGACUGCUCUUGCAAGAGUUCCAACGAUGCUGUUGAAUCCCGAACCUGCUCAAAUCCUGCUCCAUAUUUCGGAGGAAAAGAUUGCGUUGGUGAAAAGAGUAGGAUUAUCACAAAUGGUUGUUUUAAGAGCGUCUGUAAACCACCUACUACUAUCCCAACCACUACGGUGACGAAUACUGCAACGCCAGUGACAACCGACGAUGAUAAUUCCAGGACGACAACAACUCCGGCGCCCACAGAAAACGCGUUAUUUCUCUAUGGUAUACCAAUCCUUGCAACUCUAGUGAUAAUCGGUAUAAUCUUGGUGAUCGCCCUGUGCGUGUACUUCUGUUGCUUCGCGAAGAAGGAGAAGGAGGAAAAACCAAAACACAACCAGGUCGUUCCUAACCUUGAACGUCUUGAGGAGGGUGGGAGUAAGCCGCAAUCAAGCAUGUCAGGGCGGCCAUUUGUAGUCGAGCCGAUAAAACACAAACCCGAAGGGUCUGGUGCACCAAAACAGUAUACGCUACCCGUAUUCGGGCCCGGGGCAGAAAAACGAGAACUAUUCGGGGAGGAUCCUACGCAGGACGAUAGCGGUGACUCUCGGACCUCACUUUUGAGGGAAGAGAGUAGGACUAGUACGCCUGUGAAAGCGGCUUCCUUGCCCUCUUUGCAGGGUCAGGAGGAGAAUUUAUAUAGUGAGGUGGCCGCUCCUAGAGACGAAGUGUCUACUGUGGGUGGGAUACCGGUAAUCGUAGGAGCCACAAAGUGGACAACUCGGACUUCUGCACCUUCUUCGCCGCAGAAAGUCAUACAUAGGGAAAUUGUGCCGCAUACCAUUAGCCUUCCAGGGAAUCAAAUCAUACGCGCUGGGUCCGUAAUUGAAUCCGAGGACAUAUCGGAAGUGACGAAUAAGAAGUGCGUAAUACUAGGUUAGCACUCAGGGCUUCCUAACUGACUGCGAAGGUAUAGGUACGUUCACGUUGUUGAUAGUAUUAAAGGCAUUUGAUAUGAUUCUGUGAAGGACAACGACAUUCAUUUUGAAUGGUUUUACCACUUCUGAAAGUGUCGGUACAGUGAACAAUGACCAACGUUUCUCGUUGGGUCCUUGAUUGAAUAUGCAUACAGUAGUGCCACUCUGGUGCAAUGUUGAUUUCGUUUGAAACAGUUCACCUUUUGCAAGUGGUUUCAUUAUGCUUAUGAUAGAGUCCAUAACUAAAUCGGGUCUUGGCCAAUGAGAGACCCAGUACUUGCCAUGACCAUUCUGUCUGCGCCGAACGAGCGAUGAGAGGUGUCUUCUGCUUGGGCAAUACCACGUCCUGCGUGUGGAAAGUGCGUACUGGUCACCACUGAAAUCGAAACCUGUGGCAAUCCUUUAUAUCCCGACCAAAAUGGUAUAGAAGCAUUGAAAAAUUAAAUGACAUCAUCAAGUGCCUUAGUUUCAGACUGUGAUAGUGAUAUUCGCUGUACAAAGUAAAUGUACUGUCAGAAUAUCUCGGUUAAGGAGACCCUUUUGGAGAGACGAAUGCUUUCCCCUACAGAGAGGUUGUCUUGACAUAUCAAAGGUGUCCUCCAAGGGAGGUUCUGUUGUAGUGAAGAGAGUUUGUAUAAACGCAAAUUACGCCAAUCAAAAUAUUACCAUUGAUGUUAAUCUGGUUGUGUCCCUCGCGAUGUUUUGAGAUAAGUCACGCGAGUGUUCACCCCACUGCCCUGCACUCAUGUGCCUAUCGAGCUGCCGUCAGGUUCCCGUCAUGUUGUGGCCAAUGAUGAGAUGCGAAAAAAAACAUUGCAACAAUGUACACAAGCCUGCUGGGAAGAAAUAUCCGAUUCACGAAGUGUACGUGUCGGGAACUAUAUUAUACAUGUAGUUGCUGAUCCAACGGUGCCGAUUGUCGUGUCGGGAAGGUGAUGGAAACUCAUCCGGAAUCUGAUACCGCAAUACAAAAACCAGGUGGUUACGUGUAAGCUUCAAAGGUAUUUACUUUGAUAUGGUAAUUGGUAGAUGAAAAGUUACCACAUUUGUAAAACUGUUUUGAGAGAUUUUCUCAAACUUUACAAUGCUUUUAAUUGUAAAACGGUCCCUUAGUCCAAUUGACGACAUUCUUGUAGUAUUUAGUAAAUGACACAGAGUGUCCCAGAAAGAAUGUAUAGCAACUGGGACCAAGAUAUCGUUAUUAUAUAUUUUAUCAAAGCAGGUGUUUUUGUAUAUUAAGUACCUCGCCAUUAUACAUGUACUGUCUUUCUUAA